UUACAAUAAUCACAAGCUAUAUUACUACAACAAUUCUUCUUCUCCAAGACAAGACUCUUUAAAUUAAAAACCCUAGAAUCUCCCCCAAAAUCAAAUCCAUCCCCAAAAAUCAAAAGCAAUGGAGUGUGUGUUCGGUUUAGUUGGCAAAGAUUUCGCACUGGUGGUCGCUGAUUCAUCGGCCGUUCACAGUAUACUAGUUCACAAAUCUAAUGAAGACAAAGUGAUGGUUCUUGAUUCUCACAAGCUCAUGGGCGCUAGUGGUGAAGCCGGUGAUAGAGCUCAGUUCACGGAGUUUAUUCAGAAGAAUGUGUCAUUGUAUCAGUUCCGUAACGGUAUUCCUUUGACUACCGCUGCUACUGCUAAUUUCACCCGUGGGGAGCUUGCUACGGCUUUACGCAAGAGCCCAUACAUGGUGAAUAUUGUUCUUGCUGGCUAUGACAAGGAAACAGGCCCUUCUCUGUACUUCAUCGAUUACAUUGCCACACUUCACAAACUAGACAAGGCAGCCUUUGGGUAUGGUGCAUUCUUUUCCCUUGCCAUGAUGGACCGUCACUAUAGAAGUGAUAUGUCCGUGGAGGAGGCAGUUGAUCUGGUAGACAAGUGCAUACUUGAGAUAAGGUCCAGAUUGGUGGUGGCACCACCAAACUUUGUUAUCAAGAUUGUAGACAAAGACGGAGCACGGACACAUGCUUGGCGUGAAACUGUCAAGGAAACCCCCAUGUCUACAGCUUAACUUAUUUGUAACUGCAAACCUGUCUGAAUCAACUUAAAUUGAUAUAAGCUGUGUUAUGUACGUUGUUUAAUUUUGUUCAAUGUCAGGAUAUUGUUUGGGAUUUCUGGUCAUUCCCAGCUUGUUAGUUACAUUCGGAACCAAAGCCAGAACCUGUCAUUUUCACACUUAUAUUAUCUUCCUAUCA